CAAGAUCUGAACUUUGUUUUCAGUGACCCAAAGUUGAUACCGUCCGUGACGCAAGUGCAGCAGUGUUUCGACAGACAUAAUACUCAAAGUGUAUCUUUCUUUUCUUGUAUUCCAAAAGUGAUUGGAUGUUAAUUGAUGUAGCAAUUACUGAAGUUAAUGGCAAACCACUGCGGACUUUAGAGCGUGUUUGAUGGAUCAGUGAUGACCUAUUAUCACAAAUGGCAACCGACCUCAGCGGCAAGUGGAAGAGCGGUAGGUCAGAAGGGUGGCCGGAAUUCCUCGCCAAGCUGGACAUAGCCUUGGAUAAGCUUCCGGCCAACCUAAGAAUCACACACGACAUCUCCCAAUCCGGAGACAGGAUCAACAUCAAGACCGCCAACAACAUCGACGAAACCAUGAAGGAAUCCACCAUCAUCGUGGGGAGCAACUUCAAGGACCAGUCGCCCUGGUUGAACGUGGAGUACACCACGGCGUGGGGUGACAACGGGGAGUUGGUGAUGACCAGGACCACGGGGCUGAUUGGGGGUAUCACACGGGAGCUUGUUGACGGCGAGAUGCUCGUUACACACACGCUUGAUGGAGUCGUUGCAAAGGCUUACUUCACUAGACAGUAAUACGGUUUAUACUAGUAAAUAUUGAAACACAAUUAAUGCAAGGACACGC